AUGACUUUCUCUUCCUCCCCGGUGCUGUACCCUGCGAGCUCUUCGCCACCAGCAAUCCCCGAGAAGAAGAAGCGUCGACUCUUUCAACCCUUUCCCAGCGCGCGACAACCGAAGAAACCCAAGUUGGUGGGCGGGUUUUUGGUGGAUAGCGAUGACGAAGACGCCGACCAGGACAAGGCGGAAGAGGUUGAGAACCCUCAUGCACUUCCUCGGAAAGACCCAAUCCUACCUACGCCGCCGAAAGAGCACACAGAAACCGUCACCCCGAUUGACACUGUAGAAACUACGAAGCCAGCCGAUCAACCGGCCAGUCCGACUCUGCACCCAUUGCCUCGCCCCCUGCUCAGAAAGAGACUACCAAACAAUGUCACUGUGCAGACUUGUCAGGGGGCAUCACUGGAGAUCUCCAUUCGACAAAAGUCCCAACAAUUGUCGUAUGAGCAGACAAUCGCGCAGCGAUCAAUGACAGCGGCUGGACGGGCGAAGAAAGCAUAUUAUGGUAUUGAAAUCCACAAGCUCAUGGACGAGGCCACGACACAGCGGCAGCUUCACAAGUUUGAGAAGCAGAGAGAGGCUGAAGAAAGACUUGCAGAACCAUCACUUCAGGGCCCGGUAAAAGCCGUGACCCCAGCUUCCAAACCAGCCAGUCACCAAAUGUGGACAGAGAAGUACCGAGCGAGGAAAUUCACCGAGCUUGUCGGAGACGAGCGCACGCAUCGGCAGGUUCUUCGUUGGCUGAAAGCUUGGGACCAUGUGGUCUUUCCAGGAAGUGGAAAGCCCAAAUCUAUCAAAGUGUUGGACGAAAAGGACCAAGGCCAGCAGCAACACAGGAAGAUCUUGCUCCUGACUGGACCACCGGGUCUCGGAAAGACCACCUUGGCCCAUGUCUGCGCCAAGCAAGCGGGCUAUGAGGUCCUUGAAAUCAAUGCAAGUGACGACAGAAGCCGGGAUGUCGUCCGAGGGAGAAUCAAAGAUGCUCUUGGCACCGAAACUGUCCGAGGCAUCAAAGAGCAAGGCAAAGCAAGAAAGGCCGGGCGGCCCGUAUGUGUCGUUGUUGAUGAAGUGGACGGCGUCACCACGGGCUCGGGUGCCAGUGGGGAAGGUGGCUUCGUCAAGGCGCUAAUCGACCUUGUUCAGCUGGACCAGAAGAACUCAGCAUUGACCGGCAGCGGAGAUAUGUCUAAGGGCAAAAGAAAGGGCGACAAGUUCAGAAUGCUGAGGCCCUUGAUUCUGGUCUGUAACGACGUGUAUGCCCCUUCGCUUCGACCACUGCGAAUGAGUUCGAUGGCCGAGGUCGUUCAUGUUCGAAAGGCGCCGAUGGACAAAGUCAUUGCCCGAAUUAAGAAUGUCUUUGAGAGGGAAUUGAUUGCCUGUGACAAUGAUGCUGUACGUCGACUGUGCGAAAACGCGUGGGGCCUAGCAAUGCGGAAACAGCGGGUUCCCGGCUCUCGCGGCUCAGGAGAAGGCGACAUUCGAGGGGUCCUCGUUCAGGCCGAAUGGAUUGCUCACAAGCUGCGCGCAAACGAAGCCAAGCCGAGAUUGACGCGACAGUGGCUGGAACCGCAGCUUCAAGACGCCCAGGCAGGCCAGAAAGGCUUAGGACGAGGCGGUGUCCGAGAGGUCGUCGAGCGAGUGUUCUUGGAAGGAGCUGGUUUGCCCAACCUACCGACCAAUCUUUCCGCAGACGAAGCCAGAUUGAUCGCUGACUCCAAGACGAAUCCUAUCGGCGUGGCCAAUCUGCGAAAGCGUGCAGCCCUCACAGCCCUGAGAGAGAUGAUCGAUACCUGCGGGGACCACGAUCGAGUAAUGACUGACUGCUUUGCCACAUACCCGACUCUAACAUAUCAAGAUGACACCCAGCUGUCGAAGCCGAAUGCUGGAUACGAUUGGCUUCAUUUCCACGAUUGCUUGUCAAGCCGGGUCUACUCAGGCCAAGAGUGGGAACUCACGCCUUACCUGAGUACUAGCGCCUGUGGCUUUCACCAUCUCUUUGCCGUGGUCGACAAAGGCAACAAGGCUUGGAACGACGAGACGCCAGAGGAAGAAGAGGCGGAUGUUCACCCAUUCAUGGGUCCCAAGGCAGAUUUUGUCGCCUAUGAGGCGGAAAAGCAAAGCCGGACGCUGCUGACAGAGCUGCAAUCGAGCUUUUCAGCACCUCUGUUGAGGCUGUUUAGUUCUGUCGACGAUAUCGCCACCGAGCUGAUCCCCAGCGUGGGAAAGAUGUUGGCUCCAGACGUCAAGCCUGUUGUGAUAGGCGGAUCAGGUGGUUCUGCCAGUGUAGCGAGUGUGCGGAAGGAGACUGAGAAGGUGUGUGUGAGAAACGCUGUUCGAACCAUGAUGGCUCUGGACUUGUCUUUCGAACAAGUUCGCGUGGAGGUCGAAGGUGGUGGCGCUCAUUCGAAUGGCGGUUACGUGUACCGGAUGGAACCCCCUCUGGACAAUCUCCUAUCUUACCACUUGGACAAGUCAGCCUCUGGUGCCGGUCCGAUCCGAUAUGCAGUUCGACAAGUACUCGACCAAGAGCUCAAGAAGGAGAAAAUCUUGCAGAAUUCAGUAGUCAGGCACGCUCGGUCUGGAUCAUCGUACUCCAGCCAGGCGGUGGAUGAGAACAAGGAGAACGAAAGCCCAGGUAACAAAGCGCAGCGGGUGGCGUCGAAGGAAAUCGGCGUCAAGCGCGACUUCUUCGGACGGAUGAUCAACGAAAACCGGCCCAAGUCAGCUGGUAAGGCGGCGAAUGAACCGGGCGUCAAGCGACAAGCAGGUCGAAUUUGGGUGUCAUUCCACGAAGGGUUCUCGAAUGCCGUUCGGAAACCGAUCACGCUGAAGGAGUUGCUGGACGGUUUCUGA